UCUUGGUUUGCAGCUGGAUCAGCUGGAUGAACGCGCGACUGCGCAGCAGCAGCAGCAGCAGCUUUCAGUCUUAUGGGAAAAUAUCUGCUGGUUUUCAUUGUGUAUUUUCUCUGGGAACGCUGGAUUAAGCGCCUGAUUUUUCUGACACAAGUUUCCACGUUAAGUAUUCUGUUUUCCUCUUUUUAAUUUUAAUAUUCUUCUGUGAGUCUCAACUCCGGAUAAGUUAGAUGAAAAGGUUUUAACAUAUUAAUUUGGGGGAGAUUUUUUUUUUUCUCUUAAACGUUGCAUCACCUUGACGGACAGUGGUGUAUGGACUGAAGCUGUGUGACUGUGGGUUUAGUUGGACUGACGAGCCUUCACUGCCAACGCCUUUUCCCCUUGUCUCCGCUUCUCCCAGGGCUGGGAAACUUCAGCCCUCGUCGACCCAAGUGCGUUUCCCCUCAACUCAUGAACUGCUGAGACCACAGUCCGACACUAACAAGUCGUUGUAGAGCUUAAAUAAAUAAAUAAAUAAAUAAAAAAUGGGCUGCACGAUCAGCGCCGAGGACAAAGCUGCGGUGGAGAGGAGUAAAAUGAUUGAUAAAAACCUGCGGGAGGACAGAGAGAAAUCCUCCAGAGAAGUGAAACUGCUUCUGCUCGGAGCUGGGGAGUCUGGGAAAAGCACAAUAGUAAAGCAGAUGAAAAUCAUUCAUGAAGAUGGCUACUCAGAAGAGGAGUGCAAGCAGUACAAAGUGGUGGUGUAUAGUAACACCAUCCAGUCCAUCAUGGCAAUCAUCAGGGCAAUGGGCCGGUUAAAGAUAGAUUUUGAGGAUGCUGCACGGGCGGACGAUGCCCGCCAGCUGUUUGCCCUGGCGAGCUCAGCGGAGGAAGGGGUGAUGUCGGCAGACCUGACCGGUGUGAUUAAGAGGCUGUGGGGAGAUAGCGGAGUUCAGGCCUGCUUCGAUCGAUCACGAGAGUAUCAGCUCAAUGACUCUGCUGCAUACUACUUGAAUGACCUGGACAGGAUCUGCCAGUCGAACUACGUCCCCACUCAGCAGGACGUGUUGCGUACACGUGUGAAGACCACUGGCAUCGUGGAAACUCACUUCACCUUCAAAGAUCUCUACUUCAAGAUGUUUGAUGUCGGGGGUCAGCGCUCGGAGAGGAAGAAGUGGAUCCAUUGCUUUGAGGGAGUCACUGCUAUCAUUUUCUGCGUAGCGCUCAGUGACUACGACCUGGUCUUGGCUGAGGAUGAGGAGAUGAAUCGGAUGCAUGAGAGCAUGAAGCUUUUUGACUCCAUCUGUAACAACAAGUGGUUCACACUCACCUCCAUCAUCCUCUUCCUCAACAAGAAGGACUUAUUUGAAGAGAAGAUCAGCAGGAGUCCGCUCACUAUCUGCUACCCUGAGUACUCUGGUGGGCACUCAUACGAAGAGGCAGCAGCUUAUAUCCAGUGCCAGUUUGAAGACUUGAAUAAACGAAAGGACACCAAGGAGAUCUACACCCACUUCACUUGUGCCACAGACACCAAGAAUGUGCAGUUUGUGUUUGAUGCUGUCACCGAUGUCAUCAUCAAGAUCAACCUGAGGGAGAUUGGACUCUACUAAAGCCUCAGGCCUUGCAGGUGUCAGGAGAAAUAUCAGGACUUCUGGGCUGGUAUGUCUUGUCUGCGGAGGGCGAACAGGAAAGUAGGUGUUGCUAAGGACUGAGGUGGUGGCCAGACAGCAAGCAGGACCUAAAUUCUGGGGACUUGCUACUUUGAUCACUUUUGUCUUAAUAUAUUGUGCAAUGCAGAACAUACUGGGAGGAAGUGAUAAGUGGGGGGAGGCUUGUGAAAUGAUCUCUGUGACUUCACGUGGAGUCCUGUCAUAUUUAAGACCGUUGAAUUAGUCAAGUCAAGUCAAAUUUUAUUUAUAUAGCGCCAAUUCACAACAGAAGUUAUCUCGAGGCACUGUUUACAGGGGGGCUGGCAGGUAAAGCCCCUCUGAUGUCUCUGACACAUUUCUAGUUUUGUCUGUCAUCUGCACAAGGACCAAAACAGACUGCCUGUUUGCAUUUAACAGUUUCACAGCUGAUAAUGUCAAUUCUAUUCACUCUUCUGUGUUGCAUCCUCUCUUAGCUGUAAGUCUGUAUCACACUGCUUUUAUUGAAUAUUUGCAUUUGUUAUAUUUUAUUAUAAUUUGGAUUUGCAGUCAUUUAGUGUAUCCACUUUUGGAUGUGUGAAUGCCAUAACUUAUGUAUGGGAAAGAGUUUUGUGUGAGUAGUUUUCAUGUAUAUAACACAACAUUCGGGGUCUGGGAUUAGUUAGCAGGAGUCUAAUGAAUUCAGUAGCAACACCGCUGUCUACAUAGUUAUUUUAAUUUUAACUAGACCACAUUGUGUUGAACAAUAUUUUUUUAUACUUGAGACACAUCACUGCAAAUCAGUUUUGUGAAGGGAGCUUUUCAUUUCUCAGUUUUUUUCUAUAGGAGUUUGAAUAUUACUAAUUGUAUUCACUCACUUGAGGUAGAAUCUCCUUUUUUUUUCAAGGUAAUUAUUUAAUCCUGUGGAUAUCAGCGAAGAAAUACAUAAAAAAAGUGGGAUAGUUUGAUACGGCCAGAGGCUGUAUUUGUCUUCUUUGGCUUUGGCCCUCACAUAAUACUGAGGAAGUCUGUUGCUGAUAUGUUAUGAUAUGUUGGAGUAGAGCAUAGUUUGGUUUAGAUCAGUCAAUUCCUGCACAGAGAUAUCGUGGUAGCCAACUUUCCAGAAGGUUAAGAAUUUAAAUGUGUAGCUCACUUUAAGUUUCUGCAGUUGUAUUGUUUCUUUUCAACAUCAUUAAAUGAUGGCACAAA